AUGCAUGUUAGAAAACCUACUUCUUUCCAACAUUUAAAAGUUGUCAAUGGAUAUGCAUGCCAAACAUAUAAAGAAGCUGCAAAUUUACUUGGACUGUUACAUUCCGACAAUGCUGCUGAACUUUGCUUACAGGAGGCCUCUGCAUACCAAAUGCCAAGUUCUCUUAGACAACUCUUUGCAUCUAUACUGGCUUAUUGUACUCCUAAAAACCCACGAGAGUUGUGGUUGAAAUAUGAAGAUUUCUUAUCUGAAGAUAUUCGACAUAAUACAUCAGUCCGACCACAUUCUGUGCAAAUACAAGUGCUUCAACUGAUUGAUUCAAGUCUUCGGUCUAUGGGAAAAAACAUUGCUGAAUACAAUUUAACUGACAUUCAGCUUGAACAAUUGUCGCAGGACCUAAACAGUAAGGAAGUUGAUGUUGAAAAAAGCAUAGUUGUAUCUAAUGAAGAUCUUGGUGCAUUGGAGCAAUUAAACUCAGACCAGAAAUUAGCAUUUGAGAAGAUUAUGCAUGCUAUUGAUAAUAACAUCUCAUGUGCAUUCUUUUUAGAUGGGCCAGGUGGAACUGGAAAAACUUUUUUAUACAGGGCUCUACUUGCAGCAAUACGAUCGAAAGGAGGCAUAGCAUUAGCAACUGCAACAUCUGGAAUUGCAGCUUCAAUUUUACCUGGUGGGCGUACAGCACAUUCAAGGUUCAAAAUUCCAUUACAAGAUAAUGAUACAGCAACUUGCAAUAUUGGGAAGCAAAGUGCUAUUGCUAAAUUAAUAAGAGAUGCAAAAGUAAUUAUUUGGGAUGAAGCAAGCAUGGCAAAACGCAGUUCGAUAGAAAAAUUUGAUGAUUCAUUAAAAGAUAUCAUGAAUAAAGAUGCUAUAUUUGGUGGCAAGAUCAUUGUUUUUGGUGGAGACUUUCGACAAACACUACCAGUGGUGACCAAAGGGUGUAAAGAAGAAAUCGUCAAUGCUAGCUUAAUAACAUCUCCUAUUUGGCCGUACCUGAUAAAAUUGAAACUAUCCCAGAACAUGCGAGCUCAGCUAGAUCCGGAUUUCUCUAAAUACCUUCUUCGAAUUGGUAAUGGUAUCGAAGCAACAAACCAGAAUGACGAAGUCUGUGUACCUGAACGAAUGAAUUUGGUAUUUCUCAAUGAUGAUUCAUCAGUUGAUGCCUUGAUCACCGCGGUAUUUCCAGAUUUAAAUGCUUUUGCUCAUUGCCCGGAUUCUAUUGUUAACCAUGCAAUUUUAAUGACGAGAAAUGAUUUUGUAUUUGAAAUUAAUAACAAAGUCAUUGCUAAAUUUCCAGGUACAGAACAGAGAUUGCAUGCGGUUCUCUUAAAGGUAAACAUGUCUUUAUUCCUCGAAUUCCUUUGCAAACUUCUGAUGAUGAUUUCUGCUCAGUUCCUUUCAAAAGAACACAAUUUCCUCUGA